UACUUAUAUUUGAUAGUAAGAUGGAGGACGAACAAUUCUUCAAGCUAGUUACGACCAUCUUUGUUUACUGCAAAGCACAAAACAAAGCCAACCAACCUUCCAUUCUCCAAUCGCUCCUCAAUUCUUCUUGAACAUGGCUUCUCUCCCAUUCCUUUCGCAAAUUUCCCACCCUCUUUCCUUUCCGCAGCAUGGCCACUGCUUCCAUCGGCACUUCCCCACCGCUCUCGCUGCUCCCUACCAAUCUGGAGCCUCGUCUGGAAACUCAUGGGGCGUUGACAUUCCAGAUUCUAAAACUCAAGUAUCUCGUGUUCCGGUUUUGACUUCCUCGGAGGCCUAUGAAAGGCUAAAAUCAUUUAGAGAAAAGAUAAAGGGAAAGCAACAAUUUCUUGCUAUGUAUUCUAGUAUUUUUGAUGGGAUAACAACAGACCCAGCCGCUAUGGUUAUUCCUAUGGAUGACCACAUGGUCCACAGGGGCCACGGUGUGUUUGAUACUGCUGCAAUAAUGGACGGAUACCUGUAUGAACUAGAUCAACACCUUGAUCGCUUUUUAGGUUCAGCAUCCUUGUCUAAAAUAGAUCCCCCAUUUGAUCGUGGGAGCAUAAGGAGAAUACUGAUACAAACUGUAAGUGCUUCCAAGUGUAGAAAAGGAUCAUUAAGAUAUUGGCUCUCUGCAGGACCUGGUGACUUUCAGUUAUCUCCCUCUAACUGCCACCAAUCAAGUCUUUAUGCAAUAGUAAUACAGGAUCUGUCAUCAUCGCUUAAUUUCAAGGGAGUUAAAGUUGUUACUUCAUCUGUUCCCAUUAAACACCCCAAGUUUGCCAUUACCAAGAGUGUGAAUUAUCUUCCAAAUGUCCUCUCAAAGGUGGAAGCUGAAGAAGCUGGUGCUUUUGUAGGCAUUUGGUUAGAUGAUGAAGGUUUUGUGGCAGAGGGGCCUAAUAUGAAUGUGGCCUUUGUCACUAAAGAGAAAGAACUAAUAAUGCCUCACUUUGACAAAAUUUUAAGUGGCUGCACAGCUAAGAGGGUUUUAACCCUUGCCGAGGGUUUGUUAAGGGAGGGUAAGCUUAAGGAGAUAAGGGUGAAAAAUGUAACUGUUGAAGAAGGUAAAACAGCAGAAGAAAUGAUGCUUCUUGGCAGUGGAGUUCUUGUUUGCCCUGUAGUGCAGUGGGAUGAACACGUUAUUGGUGAUGGCAAAGAAGGCCCUGUAACUCAGGCUCUCUUCAACCUAAUUGUUGAUGACAUGAAAUCAGGACCCUCUACCGUUCGUAUACCUGUUCCAUAUUGAUACUACUUUAUUUCCUUCUCUACAUUUUGUAAUGAAGAUUCAUCAUCAGUAAUUCUGAUGCCCCAACUCCAACAGGAAUGCCUUUUAUUAACUCCAUUGCUUCGUAAGCUUCAUAAACUGUUUUUUUGAGACUCGCUUCUCA